AUGGUCCUUCUGUUGAUCCUGUCAGUCCUACUUCUGAAAGAAGAUGUACGAGGGGGUGCACAGUCCAGUGAGCGGAGGGUGGUGGCUCACAUGCCAGGUGACAUCAUCAUUGGCGCUCUCUUCUCGGUCCACCACCAACCAACUGUGGACAAAGUUCAUGAGAGGAAGUGUGGGGCAGUCCGCGAGCAGUAUGGUAUUCAGAGAGUGGAGGCCAUGCUGCAUACUUUGGAAAGGAUCAAUUCAGAUCCCACACUCUUGCCCAACAUCACACUAGGCUGUGAGAUAAGAGAUUCCUGCUGGCAUUCCGCUGUGGCCCUAGAACAAAGCAUUGAGUUUAUAAGGGAUUCCCUCAUCUCUUCAGAAGAGGAAGAAGGCUUGGUACGCUGUGUAGAUGGCACUUCUUCCUUCCGCUCCAAGAAACCCAUAGUGGGAGUCAUUGGGCCUGGCUCGAGUUCUGUGGCUAUUCAAGUCCAGAACUUGCUCCAGCUUUUCAACAUACCACAGAUUGCUUACUCUGCAACUAGCAUGGAUUUGAGUGACAAGACCCUAUUCAAGUACUUCAUGAGGGUUGUACCUUCAGAUGCCCAGCAAGCCCGAGCCAUGGUAGACAUAGUGAAGAGAUACAACUGGACUUAUGUCUCAGCUGUGCACACAGAAGGCAACUAUGGAGAAAGUGGGAUGGAGGCUUUCAAAGAUAUGUCAGCGAAGGAAGGAAUUUGUAUCGCCCACUCUUACAAAAUCUAUAGCAAUGCUGGGGAACAGAGCUUUGACAAGCUGCUGAAAAAACUCAGAAGUCAUUUGCCUAAAGCCCGCGUAGUAGCCUGCUUCUGUGAAGGCAUGACAGUUCGAGGUCUGCUCAUGGCCAUGAGACGCUUGGGUCUAGCAGGGGAGUUUCUACUUCUGGGCAGUGAUGGCUGGGCUGACAGGUACGACGUGACAGAUGGGUACCAGCGAGAAGCUGUCGGUGGAAUUACAAUCAAGCUCCAGUCUCCUGAUGUCAAGUGGUUUGAUGAUUAUUAUCUGAAACUCCGGCCAGAAACAAACCUCAGAAACCCUUGGUUUCAAGAAUUUUGGCAGCAUCGUUUUCAGUGCCGGCUGGAAGGGUUUGCACAGGAGAACAGCAAGUACAACAAGACUUGCAACAGUUCUCUGACUCUGAGAACGCAUCAUGUUCAAGAUUCCAAAAUGGGAUUUGUGAUCAAUGCAAUCUAUUCUAUGGCGUAUGGGCUCCACAACAUGCAGAUGUCCCUGUGUCCAGGCUAUGCAGGGCUCUGUGAUGCAAUGAAGCCAAUUGAUGGGCGGAAACUUUUGGACUCCCUGAUGAAAACCAAUUUUACUGGAGUUUCUGGAGAUAUGAUCCUAUUUGAUGAAAAUGGAGACUCUCCAGGAAGGUAUGAAAUAAUGAAUUUCAAGGAAAUGGGAAAAGAUUAUUUUGAUUACAUCAAUGUUGGAAGUUGGGACAAUGGGGAAUUAAAAAUGGAUGAUGAUGAAGUGUGGUCCAAGAAGAAUAACAUCAUCAGAUCUGUGUGCAGUGAACCGUGUGAGAAAGGCCAGAUAAAGGUGAUCCGGAAGGGAGAAGUCAGCUGUUGUUGGACCUGCACACCUUGUAAAGAGAAUGAAUAUGUGUUUGAUGAGUACACCUGCAAGGCAUGCCAACUGGGGUCCUGGCCCACAGACGACCUGACAGGUUGUGAUUUGAUCCCAGUCCAGUAUCUUCGCUGGGGUGACCCUGAGCCCAUUGCAGCUGUGGUGUUUGCCUGCCUUGGUCUGCUAGCCACCCUGUUCGUUACUGUAAUCUUCAUCAUUUAUCGGGACACUCCAGUGGUCAAGUCUUCCAGUAGGGAGCUCUGCUACAUUAUCCUUGCUGGCAUCUGCCUGGGCUAUUUAUGCACCUUCUGCCUCAUUGCAAAGCCCAAACAGAUUUACUGCUAUCUCCAGAGAAUUGGCAUCGGUCUUUCACCAGCCAUGAGCUACUCAGCCCUUGUAACCAAGACCAACCGUAUUGCAAGGAUUCUAGCUGGAAGCAAGAAGAAGAUCUGUACCAAAAAGCCCAGAUUCAUGAGCGCCUGUGCCCAGUUAGUGAUCGCUUUCAUUCUCAUCUGUAUCCAGUUGGGGAUUAUUGUGGCCCUCUUUAUCAUGGAGCCUCCAGAUAUAAUGCAUGAUUAUCCAAGCAUUCGAGAAGUCUACUUGAUUUGUAACACCACCAACCUAGGGGUUGUUACUCCUCUUGGAUACAAUGGAUUGUUGAUUUUGAGUUGCACAUUCUAUGCGUUCAAGACCAGAAAUGUUCCAGCCAACUUUAAUGAGGCCAAAUAUAUUGCUUUCACCAUGUAUACAACCUGCAUUAUAUGGCUCGCCUUCGUGCCGAUCUACUUUGGCAGCAACUACAAAAUCAUCACCAUGUGUUUCUCAGUGAGCCUCAGUGCCACAGUGGCCCUGGGUUGCAUGUUUGUGCCAAAGGUGUACAUCAUCCUAGCCAAACCGGAGAGAAAUGUGCGCAGCGCCUUCACAACCUCUACAGUGGUCCGCAUGCACGUAGGAGAUGGCAAGUCAUCAUCCGCUGCCAGCAGAUCCAGCAGCCUAGUCAACUUGUGGAAGAGGAGGGGCUCCUCUGGGGAAACCCUAAGGUACAAAGACAGGAGACUGGCCCAGCACAAGUCGGAAAUAGAGUGUUUCACCCCCAAAGGGAGUAUGGGGAAUGGUGGGAGAGCAACAAUGAGCAGCUCCAAUGGAAAAUCCGUGACUUGGGCCCAGAAUGAGAAGAGCACCCGGGGGCAACACCUGUGGCAGCGACUGUCUGUCCACAUCAACAAGAAAGAGAACCCCAACCAGACAGCGGUCAUUAAACCUUUCCCCAAGAGCACAGAGAGCCGCGGGCCAGGUGCAGGGGUAGGUGGUGGCUCCGGCCCUGGUGCAGCUACUGCUGGUAGCUCAGGAUGCACAGCGACAGGUGGCCCAGAGCCGCCUGACACAGGCCCCAAAGCGCUUUAUGAUGUGGUGGAGGCAGAGGAGCGCUUUCCCUCGGCUGCUAGGCCGCGCUCGCCAUCGCCCAUCAGCACGCUGAGCCACCUCGCAGGCUCGGCGGGCCGCACCGAAGAAGAUGCGCCAUCGCUGCAUUCGGAGACCGCUGCACGCAGCAGCUCAUCCCAGGGCUCGCUUAUGGAGCAGAUCAGCAGCGUGGUGACACGCUUCACCGCCAACAUCACCGAGCUCAACUCCAUGAUGUUGUCCACUGCAGCCACUCCGGGACCCCCUGGUACCCCUAUCUGCUCCUCCUACCUGAUCCCCAAAGAGAUCCAGCUGCCCACGACCAUGACGACCUUCGCAGAGAUCCAGCCGCUGCCGGCCAUUGAGGUGACAGGAGGAGCUCAGCCUGCGACAGGGGCAUCACCUGCCCAGGAGACGCCCGCAGGAGCUGAAGCCGCCCCAGGAAAACCGGAUCUGGAGGAGCUAGUGGCCCUCACUCCACCAUCGCCCUUCAGGGACUCGGUGGAUUCCGGGAGCACCACCCCAAACUCUCCAGUCUCCGAAUCGGCCCUCUGUAUCCCAUCCUCUCCCAAAUAUGACACUCUCAUCAUCAGAGAUUACACGCAGAGUUCUUCAUCGUUGUGA